AUGCCCAAACGCAAGCGCGCUUCGGAGCUCACCCUCCCAGACGUCCUCGAGAAACACGAGACCCUCAUCGCCCGCGCCCUCAAGACCGCCAAGGGCUUCGAACGCCAGCGUCUCUCCAAGCGCCUUCGCGACGCCGACGUCACGCCCGAGAAAAAGACCCGUCUCGAGCGCGAAGUCGCCGUCCUCAAGACCAUUGACCUCCACACCACCGCCAAGGCCCACCUGGCCUCGUCCCUCCUCAAGGUCAAGGCGAUCAGCGCGCGGGGGGACCUGCCGGAGGAGCUGCGACGGGGCGUGCCCAAGGUGGAGCUCGAGGGCGAGGAGAAGACGGCGCUGCACAACGUGACGAGUGGCCUCUUCAACAGGAAGGAUGUCAAGGCGAGCGUGGACGAGGCGAUACGGGUCGUGUGUGCCAUGUUAGAGGUCCCGCCGCCGCCGAAAAAGGGCCAGAAGCAGACGGUCAAGGUGGAGGAGGAGGUUGAUAUACCAGAUGAGGAGGAAGAUGAAGAGGAGGUGACAGACUUUGAAGGGUUCCAGAGCGAUUUCGAUGAACCUGGGCCGGCGAUUGAUGCCAAGCCGAAGAAGAAAGACAUGGAUGAAGAGGCGAGCAGCGACGAGGAUGACCUCGACCUCGGAGAGGAGGAGGAUGAGCUCUCAAAGUACGACCACCUGCUGGGUGGCUCAUCAGACUCCGAAUCAGAACUAGACGCGGACACAAUCGCGCGGUUCAAGGGCACCGAGAAAGUCAACCUCGACGACAUCUCGUCCGGCUCCGAAUCCGACGUCGACGACGUGACGGCACCCGAAGCCUCCAGAUCCCCGUCCCCUCCACCACCCAAAGCCAAAAAGGCCAAGAAGGAAGCUGCGCCGGCACCAAAACCUACCACAUCCUCCGCCUUCCUGCCCUCCCUGAUGGGCGGCUACGUGUCCGGCUCCGAGUCGGCGUCGGACAUUGACAUUGCCCCGCCGAAGAAACGACUCGGCCAGAAGCAGCGCCAGGCCAUUGCGGAGAAGAAGUACGGCGCCCAGGCGAAGCACCUCGCCAAGCAAAAGGCACAAAAGGGCGGCCGCGACGCGGGCUGGGAUCUGCAACGGGGUGCCGUCGAUGGUGACGGCGGUCGACGGACGCCGUGGAAGAAGGGUGCCAGGGGCCCCCCGCGAGACAGGAGCACGACCACCGAUCGUCCAGUGAAGCCGCCGCCGAAACCAAAGACGCGCGAUGACACGGGAGUUUUGCAUCCGAGUUGGGAGGCUGCCAAGAAGGCAAAGGAGGCGAAGAAGCAACUGGCCUUUUCUGGGUCCAAGAUCACGUUCGACUAG